ACUCAGGAGAUGGUGCAGAUUAACUCUUGCCCAAUAAAAAGACCAUGUAAGAAAAAAUUUAUAUGAGAGAAAAGAUGACUCCCAUCCCGGUCCAUCCGAAAGAAAAAGGCUGUCACUUAAUUUUUUUUUUUUCUCAAAGCCUUUAAAAGGAGUGGAAGGGUUUUGAGCUUAUGUUCGUGUUGGUUAUCUUCAUUCUAAAUCAUAAUGUCUAUGUUGCAAAAGGGUCGUUUGUCUGUUGUGCUUGGUGCACAAUGGGGUGAUGAGGGUAAAGGCAAGUUGUCUGACAUCCUUUGUGCCGAAGCAGAAAUCUGUGCUCGUUGUCAGGGUGGUAACAACGCUGGCCACACUAUUGUUGUCAAUGAUAUCAAGUACGAUUUCCACAUGUUGCCUUCUGGCUUAAUCAAUCCCAACUGUGUUGCUUUGAUUGGUAACGGUGUUGUUGUUCAUUUGCCUUCUUUCUUUGAAGAAAAGGCCAAACUUGAAGCUAAGGGCCUUAACUGCGAGGGUCGUCUUCUUCUUUCCGACCGCGCUCAUCUUGUUUUUGAUCUCCACCAAAUGGUGGAUGGAUUCAAGGAAAUUGAGUUGGGUCGUGGCAGUAUCGGUACUACCGGUAAGGGUAUUGGACCCACUUAUUCUUCCAAGGCUACUCGUUCUGGUAUCCGUGUUCAUCAUCUCUAUGACUUUGACGAAUUUACUGCUCGUUUCAAGACCAUGGUCGAAAACAAGCGUAAGCGUUAUGGUAACUUUGAAUAUGAUGUUGAGGCUGAACUUGCCCGUUACAAGGAACUCGCUGAACGCGUUCGUCCCUAUGUCAUUGAUACCGUUCCUUAUCUUCAUCAACAAAUUAAGGCCGGUAAGCGUGUCCUCGUCGAAGGUGCUAAUGCCUUAAUGCUCGAUAUCGAUUUCGGUACUUAUCCUUACGUUACCUCUUCCAACACCUCCAUCGGUGGUGUUGCUACUGGUCUCGGUGUCCCCGUCAACAAGAUCACCAACAUCAUUGGUGUUGUUAAGGCCUACUGUACUCGUGUCGGUGGCGGUCCUUUCCCCUCUGAACAAUUAAACAGCAUCGGUGAACAUCUCCAAACUGUUGGUUUCGAGGUUGGUGUCACCACCGGUCGUAAGCGUCGUUGUGGUUGGUUAGAUCUUGUAGUUGUCAAGUACUCUCAUAUGGUCAACGGUUAUACCAGCUUCAACUUGACCAAGCUUGAUAUUCUUGAUCAAUUACCCAAGAUCAAGGUUGCUGUUGCCUACCAUUUGGAUGGCAAGAAGUUGGAAUCUUUCCCUGCUUGUCUUGAACUUUUGUCCAAGGUCGAGGUUGAAUACGUCGAAUUGGAUGGUUGGAUGACUGACAUUUCCAAGGUUACCAAGUAUGAAGAUCUUCCCGAAAACGCAAAGAAGUAUAUUGCCUUCAUUGAAAAGGAAACUGAAGUUCCUGUUGAAUGGAUUGGUGUUGGUCCUGGAAGAGAGGCCAUGAUCCACAAGCCUGUUUCUAACUAAAAUCUUUUAAAGGAACUUUUUUUUUUUCUUUUGCUUUUCUACGCAUUUUUAUUCACACAUAUAUACACACACAUAAUAAAGAACAAUUG